AUGUCGGUGUCGGUGUAUUUGCUUGAUAUCGAAGGUACUGUGUGUCCUAUCUCUUUUGUCAAAGAGACUCUCUUCCCCUAUUUCUCUGCUAAACUUCCUUCGUUGGUGAAGUCUGAUGAUGUUUCCAUAAAAUCUGUUCUUGCACAAUUUCCACAACAUGGUGAUUCCCAAGCUUUGCAAACACAUAUCCAGUCAUUGGUGAGUAACGAUGUGAAGGAUCCCACCUUGAAGCAGUUGCAGGGUACCGUUUGGUCACAGGGUUAUACGAGUGGUGAAAUCAAAGCUCCUGUGUAUAAGGAUGCCAUUGAAUUCAUGAAACGCAAGGAAAACGUUUAUAUCUAUUCCAGCGGUUCCGUUCAAGCUCAGAAGCUUUUAUUUGGACAUGUGGCAAAUCCUGAUAAUUCUGGAUCGAAUGAGUCGUCUUUGGAUCUUAACCCAUUGAUUAAAGGUUAUUUCGAUAUCAAUACAUCUGGUAAAAAACUAGAGUCGAGCUCAUAUGAGAAGAUUGUAACUCAAAUUGGUGUUGCCGCUGAACAAGUGUUGUUUAUAAGUGAUAACGUUAAGGAGUUGGAAGCCGCCCAUGCCGCUGGCGUCAAAACACUAUUGGCUAUCAGGCCGGGCAACCCACCUGUCCAGGAGAACCAUGGUUUCCGGACAGUCGAGAAAUUUGACUCCUUGUAA